UCUAGGCCCUCCUACUGCCACUGCACUUUGUCAGGACAAGGAGUCCUGUUGAAACUCCUUGGUCAGGAUCAGCUUAUCUCUGACCAUCGGGAUCGCUAUUAGUUCGUUACAAAAUUGUUGAAUCUUCUUCAAUUUUCAACAUGAUAUACUAAAGGCCCCAGUGAUAUCAAAGUUCAGGGUCAUCAGUGGGAUUGGUUAGAUUAUACAUUUUCAGUAGCUUCAACUCGUGAUGUCUGCAAUAAACGGGAUAAUGCUUUCCUCACGGACGCUGGUGCUGAUGAGUUUGAUUCUUUUUACCGCCAAUAUUGAUUGGAAAUAUGUUUCUGCACUUCCUGGUCCAGUUUUACAGGACCCCAGGCCAUUGUGGCAACCCUCUAACCUGGAGUUUGUAACCUUUAACACAGGCCUGCACGCAGCUGAUGUUCCCGAGUAUGAAAGCCGCCGAGAUGCAUUUCUGGACACAGUAACCAAUGCAGGCAUUCCUGGCGAUGUCGUCUGCCUACAAGAAGUUUGGGAAGCAGACGACUUACGCGCCAUUGUGAGAGCCGCCCGGUCUCAGUUUCCUUACUCCUUCAGUGCCUUGCACGUAUUUCAUACAGUCCUCUCGGAUUCUUCAUCAACCCCUGCCUGUGAAAAGGCAAGUAUUUCCAAAGUGAUCCUAUGUCUUUCAACCAAGUGUACAACUUUAACUGGAUUACAAGGCGCCGUGUGCGCCUUAACGGCGUGCAAGGAGGGUUUAGCUUCUCUCUCGCAGGACUGUCUGUCGUGUAUCAACCGGAUUUUUGCAUCGUCUCAGGUGGCCAACUUAACCCUUGGCGAUUUCCAAGCCAGGAUUCGGACUUGUCUUGGUACUCCUUAUCCGACUACAUUUGGAUUGUUACUCCUUAGCAAAAAACCUUUGGUAGACCCAGAAGUAAUAAAUUACCACGAAGGAAGUUCUCUUUUACUACCCAGGGGGUAUAUUAAAGCUAAGAUAGAUGCCUACCAAAUAUUUUGCACUCACUUGACCUCCGAGCUGAACAAAUACAUUUACCUUGAAGUGGGACCAUUCACUAGCUUCAAAGAACAGAGUCUCUUUGAGAUGGAUUCUUUGUUAAAAGCAUCCUGGCCAAAUUACGUGAACAGUAUCUUGAUAGGUGACUUUAACUCUAAUCCAGCCAUCCCUGCUAACGAUAUAUCUGGGUCUUUAACAGACACAUACGAUCUUGUAAGUCAGUGGUACUUCUCUCCGUACCUGAUGAAGAUUGGGAAAUGCACAUACUGCGCAGAAAAUCCUUUGAUCCCAUCAGCUCGACGGUUUCAACUCAAUAAACUGUACGACCACAUCUUUGUCCCAAAAUUUUGCUGGUGGAGUUGGGAGAAACUUGAAGAUGCCCGGAGAAUCCUGGACUCCAACAUAAAGAACAAAGGUUUUCCUCUUUCUGACCAUUACGGGGUGUCGGUCACAUUUGAAAAGUGGUCAUGGCAGCUACAGUAAAGAGUCUAUGUUAUUAUUGUACUUUUACUCAUGUGAUCAAUAAUGCAUAGCAAAAUAAUUAUAUUAAAAGUCUCCUUCACUGCUGACGAUCGGGACAAACAGUCAACAUAUCAAUAAAGAACAGGCCCGUAGCUAGGGG